AUGUCUCAACAACAAAGUUUACUUGUUUCAUAUAAGAGGGAAUAUCCGACGAGGGUUAUCAUUGUCCCCAUGAAUGCCGUCCAAAGCGCUGAUCUCAACCAAAUGGUGGCUAUUGGCACCAGAGACCUUGGAGGAUGCUCUACCGUUGUGAUCGCAUCAAAAACCGGUGCUAUUCUCGCUCACCUACCACCCCGGCCUUCUAUGGACUUGUCAGACCCGUUCACUGGCGACAGCAAUGUUAGGCGCCUUAUGACCCAAGUGGUUGACCUAUACCAUGCGCACCGUGAUAAAUACUUCGCUACCAUCACCGACACGGUUAUUGUUUGUGCGUUUCAUGAGGGAGAGAUUGCCCUGCAGGAUCAAGUGCAGAUUAUGACAACCAAGCUACAAGGUUUGGGGCCAGAAAUCUAUACCUAUCAGGUUCCUGUCCAACACGGUAUUCCGGGAAGGGGAACCGUAGCCGUUGUGGGGAGCCAGGGAUUUGUGACGCUUGGGCUACCCGAUCGACCUCGCCCGCUUAUCUUGGUGGAGGAUAUGGUUUACGUCCCUAGGCACAACUCUUGA